AUGCCUGGUUUAACAUGUAACGCGUGUAACAUGGAGUUCGAGGACGAAGCUGAGCGAAACCUUCAUUACAAGUCCGAUUGGCACCGCUACAACCUCAAGCGCAAGGUGGCUGGAGUUCCUGGAGUCACAGAAGACUUGUAUGAGGCAAGACAAUCUGCUCUUGAUCAGGAGAAAGGGAAAUCAGAUGAAGCACCUAUGCUUUACACUUGUGGAAUCUGUAGCAAAGGUUACAGGAGUAGUCAGGCUCAUCAGCAGCAUCUCAAGUCUCGGAGCCACGUUUUGCGGGUUUCACAAGGGACAUCAAUCAACGGAGAGGAGGAUAUAGCGAUAAUCAGGGAACUUCCUCGCCGUGUCAAGGACAACGAGAGCGAGGAGAGUGAAGAUGAAUGGGUGGAAGCUGAUUCAGACGAGGAAUUGGUCUCUGAUUCUUUGUCUAAGUUGAAUGUGAAUGAGUCCGGACCUGCUGAGGAAGAAGAUAUGGAUGAAGAUGGUGUAGAGAAGUAUGAGCUGGAUCCAACCUGCUGUUUGAUGUGUGACAAGAAGCAUAAGACCUUGGAGAAGUGUAUGGUUCACAUGCAUAAGUACCAUGGCUUCUUCAUUCCUGAUAUUGAGUAUCUGAAAGAUCCAGAAGGACUUCUCACUUAUCUCGGUCUUAAGGUGAAGAGAGACUUCAUGUGUCUCUACUGCAAUGAGCUGUGCCAUGCUUUCAGCAGCUUAGAAGCUGUAAGGAAGCAUAUGGAAGCAAAGAGUCAUUGCAAAUUGCAUUACGGUGAUGGUGAUGAUGAUGAAGAUGCUGAGCUAGAAGAGUUCUACGACUACAGCAGCAGCUAUGUUGAUAAAACUGGAGACCAGAUGGUUGUAUCUGGUGAAACAGACAACGCUGUAGAACUUGUUGGUGGCUCUGAGCUCGUGAUCACUGAGAGAUCCGAGAACACAACAACGUCUAGGACUCUUGGUUCCCGUGAAUUCAUGCGUUACUACAGACAGAAGCCGCGUCCAACUUCUCAAAACAGCAACCAGAUUGUUGCUUCUCUAUCCUCAAGGUACAAGAGCAUGGGUCUGAGGACGGUGCCAUCGAAGGAGGACACAGUGAAGAUGAAAGUGAUCAAGGAGAUGAACAAGAGAGGCGAGACAAUGCGUAACAAGAUCGCGAUGAAGAGUAAUGUCAUCAGAAACUUGCCCAAUAAUGUCCCAUAUUAG